AUGGUGAAAGAAAAGAAAAGAGCAGACAAAAAGGGGGAUAAGUCCACCCGCUCUCCCUCCUCUCUCUCUGAUUAUCCAGAGUUUGCCAAACAAGAUGGCAGUGUGGCUAGGCAAGAGAUGUCCCCUCGUGCCGUCCCACCAUUGGAAAUGCAGCCCAGUGAAUUGGGGCCCCGAAGAGAGUCCAAACAUGAAAAGCAGCAGAAUGAAGAUGCCACUCACUACGAAGAGCCCAUUCUCACCAAACUCAUAGUUGAAAGCUACGAAGGGGAAAAAGUCCGUGGACUAUAUGAGGGAGAAGGCUUUGCAGUCUUUCAAGGAGGUUGCACCUACCACGGGGAGUUUGUGAAGAACAUCCCCAUGAACCAUGGCGUGUACACGUGGCCGGAUGGCAGCACCUACGAAGGAGAAGUGAUCCAUGGCGUGAGGCAAGGAUUUGGUAUGUUCAAAUGUGGCACGCACCCCGUGUCCUACAUCGGCCACUGGUGUCACGGCAAGAGACACGGGAAGGGCUCUAUUUAUUACAAUCAAGAGGGUACCUCCUGGUACGAGGGGGACUGGGUAUACAACAUCAAAAACGGCUGGGGGAUCAGAUGUUACAAAUCUGGAAACAUAUAUGAAGGUCAGUGGGAAAAUAAUAUGCGCCACGGGGAAGGCAGGAUGAGGUGGCUGACGGUGAAUGAGGAGUACACGGGUCAGUGGGAAAAGGGCAUCCAGAAUGGUUUUGGAACACACUCCUGGUUUCUAAAGAGAAUCCCCAACUCCCAAUACCCUUUGAGAAAUGAAUACAUAGGAGAGUUUGUAAAUGGAUAUCGUCAUGGCCAUGGAAAAUUUUACUAUGCCAGUGGAGCUGUUUAUGAGGGAGAAUGGGUCUCCAAUAAAAAACAUGGUAUGGGCCGAUUAACUUUCAAAAAUGGGCGUGUGUAUGAUGGCUCCUUUUCCAAUGACCACAUAGUGGAGUUUCCAAAUCUUGAAGUUGAGUUCUUAAGUCACCUGGACCUGUGUUCAGACUCUCCCUUCAAGAGCCGGUACCCUGCAUCCUCCAUCAGUGCUGAGAUUAUCAGAAAGCUUGAUGGCAGUGAGAGUAAUUCUGUGUUAGGGUCGAGCAUUGAGCUGAAUCUCAGUUUGUUGCUGAAUAUGUACCCUGAGAAAGAUCAAGCAGAGGAAAAGAAGCAGGUAGAAUAUGCUGUCUUAAGAAAUAUUACAGAAUUGAGAAGAAUCUAUAGCUUUUACAGCAGCCUAGGAUGUGAUCACUCUCUGGAUAACACCUUUCUGAUGACAAAGCUUCACUUCUGGAGGUUUCUAAAAGACUGCAAAUUUCAUCACCAUAAAAUAACUCUUGCUGAUAUGGACAGGAUAUUAAGUACCUAUAGUGACACUCCAGUUGAAGAAAUUCAUUCUCCAUUUACAACAAUACUUCUGAGAACAUUUCUGAAUUAUCUCCUGCAGUUGGCUUACCACAUCCAUCAUAAAGAAUACCAAAACAGAAGCCCAUCGCUCUUUCUGUGUUUUACCAAACUCAUGACUGAGAACAUUCACCCAAAUGCCUGCCGUGUAAAAGGCAGUUUAUUCAGUGGGCAGCAGUGGACGCUCUAUUCCAUGAAUUACAUUGACAAAUGCUGGGAGAUUUAUACAGUUUACUGCAGACCACACACAGCUCCUCCCCACGAGCCUUCCAUGAAGAUGCGACACUUCCUCUGGAUGUUGAAAGACUUUAAAAUGAUAAAUAAAGAAUUAACAGCAACCAAGUUUGUGGAGGUCAUUGCAGAGGAUAAUCCUUUCAUACAUGACGGCGUUGACAGCAACUUUGAACUCGAGCUGGUUUUCCUGGAAUUCUUUGAAGCUCUCUUAAGCUUUGCACUCAUUUCUGUCACUGAACAAAUGACUAAAACCUAUUUAAAUUUGCCAAAUGAUGACCUAUCUGGAAACAAACAUGGAAGCUCUUAUAUGACAAAUCAGAACAUCCAGGACAGGAGUUCAAGUAUAGGAACAAGCCAGGAAUCGGAUCUGCAGGACAGCAGCACCAAGUCAUCUUCAAGCAAGCUAGGGCUAAUGCUUGAUCUUAGCAAAAUACGGAUAUCAGAGCCCAAGAUCAAGAAGUCUCUAAGUGAUGAAAGAAUUUCCAAAAUGAACUUUAAAUCUCCAGGAAAAGGGCUAACCUUUUUUUUAUCCCCAAAUGAGAGAAAAGAAAAAUCCAAGGAUGAACAAAAGGAGAAACUUGCUGUGUGGAUCACGAGUAUGUAUAUCUUUUUCAUGAAUAUACUGUUCCCUGCACAUAAACGUGAAGAAAUCCUCAAGGAGAAAAUAAGGGAGGACAGGCUGCUUCACGUGGCCGCGGCCCAGCAGAGGAAGCUCGAGAACGAUGAGCUGGAAGCAAGGCUGAACACCUUGAGAGAGGAAGCGGCCAGAAGACCAGACUAUGAUGUCGACAUCACUGUGCUCAAGGAACCGGCGGAUGCCCCAUCCUCAAGUUUCACACCGAGCCCCCCUAAAGAGGACACAGGAGUGUCCCAAUCCAGCAAGCCCGUCACAAGUAAGAAAAAGAAAAAGUAG